AUGUCUGAAUUAAAAUUUUGUACAGAAGUUUUAGAAUCAUGUCUCGAUAUAUUGGCAGAUAUCGAUGGCUCUUAUACUAGUUGGGAUUCAGCAUCAAUAUCAUCAAAACAUAAUAAACUCCAAAAUUCUCAAGAAUCUGCAAAUGGAACCAGACCAGACUUUACUGUUCAAAAUUAUUCGGAUUAUGAGAUCUUCACUUUAGAGGUUGCCGGAAGCCCGACAAACAAGAUUCAGAAAAAGAUCAAGAAUGAUUUUGCCAAAUUAACAUCAACAGAAGGAUUUGAUAUUGUGAUUAAAAGGAUAAUAUCUGUUGAUCGAUAUGUUAUUUUACAGGAAAUCUUCAUAAUUGAAGUUCCAUCCAACGUUACUGAUUACUAUAAGCUUAAAAAUUUGAUUAGAGGAGUAAUUGCUUUGUCAGCCCUCAUUGAUCAAGGUCUGAAAGUUCUAAAAGAUAAUGUUAAAUAA